UCACCGAGACCUAACACCCCCAUUCCCACCACUACGAUCAAUAUGUCUAGUAUGCUUGCUGCCUUCCAAAAGUUAUCUCCUUCCAAACAACUAUCCUUCCAAGCCUCCAUGAACGCAGCACUAACCCCUUCCACACCCGUCGUCACUACUACUAAUACAAAUACUUCGUCCUCACUUAUAUUUGAUAUCACGAAAGAACGAUCAACUCCAGCUUCUCAUUCCAUCAGAGACGUUUAUGGCAUCCAUACAUACAUUUUAGAGUUAGCCAGGAACAAUCAGCAUAUUCCCUUCUCAUUACUCACAUCCAAGACUACAAGACGUCUCUUCCUCGAAUCAUCCACGCUCAAAUUCAUCACCUUCUACUCUUCCCACCGAGGCUCCGCUCCCACAAAAUGUCAUCUUCUGGAUAUCUCACAAUUCCCUGCAGAAUCCGACAUCAGCAUUCCUGAAUGGCACGAGGCAUGGGCACGCUACCUCCAUUUCCUCCAGGAACACGCCUCUCCCGAGAUUCACACUCGCUGGGCCAAUCAUUAUGACAUCCUACGUGACCAUCCUGACUUUACAGACAACUGGACUGCCAUUCUCACUUUUGAUAUCGAACAACGCGCAUCA